AUGGAUGAAUUUGAUGAAGAUGAAGAAUUGGAAGAGACUAAACAAAAGAAUAGAUCUAAGAUAACGAAAAUAGAUGGAAAAAUAGAAGAAUUACGUAAAGAAUUUAAAAAUUUAAUUAAAGAAGUUCUUAGACUUGAUAAAGAUCAAAGCCAAGAAGAAUUAUUCAAUACAAUUGAGUAUCUUGGGCAAUUCGUUGAACGAAACAGGAUCUUUAUUAUAAAUUUUUACAUAACAAACAAUAUUCAUCCGAUCUUCAUGAAAAUUAUUACGCAAGAUCCACCAGAUUCGGUUUUGUCUGGUAUAAUUAAGAUAAUGAUUCCUCUUUUUCAGGAAUUACGCGAAAAUCAACUUGAUGACUUUUUAUCUGAAGAAAAUCUGAUUAUUUUCUUGCGAUUUCUUGAUUCUGAAGAUCCAUUCUCUGUUAAAAGAAUCCUGAACUUCCUUUCUGUUUUAGUUCGAUUAGAUCAAAAUCUUCGAGAUUUUAUCUAUCAAUAUGCUUCAAUUCAAAAAGUCAAUACAUUAUGUCAUAGUAUAGAAGAAAAAAUUGUAGAAAUAUUUUGCUUCAAAUACUUAGCAAGUGUCGUUUUUCUGCCAAAUUUUGAAAAUUAUCUAGAAUUAAUAGGGUUUUGUUUCGAAGCAUACGGAGAUUUAACAUUAGAAUCGAAAAUAUUUGUAUUUGAAUUAUUAUAUAACAUUCAAUCAAGUCACAAAGAAGUUUUAGAUCAAAUUCAGCAAAUUGGUACAGAAUUCAACCCCAUUCUUUCAACAAUUCCAGAAAAUGAAUACUCAAGAACGUAUUGUCCAUAUGUUUUGUUCUUAUUAAUUGAGUUUAUUCGGCAUUUCAAAACAAAUGAAUUUCUUGAUCAAACUCACUUGAUAGAAUUGACAAGAUUACUUGAUUUUGACAAUGAUGUACGUAUUAUUGAACUUAUUUUAAAGGUAUUUAUUGAGAUUUGUGAUGAUUGUCAAAAUCCCUUCACAAAUGACCAGAUUUCUGAUCUUCUUUCACUUUGUGUCGAUAGUAUAAGAGAUUCUACAACAAAUGUUAAGAUAUCUGCUUCAAUUCUUAUAGGAAAACUCUUUUCUUAUGCUUCUUUUCAUCAUCUCAAUUUUUUGGCUCUAUCAGGAGUUGCAAAUUAUAUUGCUCAAGUUCUAUCAGCAGCAAAUGCUUCGGAACUAGUUCAAAUUUUGAAAUGGGUUCAUCAAUUAUUAAGUUCGAAAAAUGAUCCUAAAAUUACCCAAUUUUUUGCUGAGAUGUUAUUGGAUGAUAAUUUAUUGGAUGUUUUAGAAGAGCUUGAAGAAGGAGACAACGAAGAAAUUGCUAAAAUUGCAAAUUUAAUUUCAGUAGAAAUCAAUUUUCCGGAUUCAAAUGACCAAGAAGCCGAAUAA